AUGAUGGACGUGAUUGACUUGCCCAGAGCUCGCAUCAAUGCCGGCAUGCUGGCUCAGUUCAUCGACCGACCUGUCUGCUUCGUCGGAAGGCUAGAAAAGAUUCACCCCACUGGGAAAAUAUUUGUUCUUUCAGAUGGAGAAGGAAAAACUGGAACUGUUGAAUUGAUGGAUCCUCUUGAUGAAGAACUCGCUGGGAUCAUUGAAGUAGUUGGAAGAGUUACACCCAAGGCAACCAUCAUGUGCACAUCUUAUAUCCAGUAUAAAGAAGAAACCCAUCCAUUUGAUCUUGGACUCUACAAUGAAGCUAUAAAAAUUACCCAUGAGUUUCCUCAGUUUUUUCCUUUGGGAGUUACGCAGUAUGAUUGA